ACAUUUGACUAUGGACGAUGCAGGAUCCCGCGCCUCGAAUUCCACGUGAAAUUCCAAAGAGACUGGAGGUGCUUUAAGUUGCCAAGAAGCAGCGCAAGUUCGUAGAAAAAGAUGGGCAAUUUUAAAGGUCAUGCUCUUCCUGGAAGUUUUUUCCUUUUGUUUGGCUUGUGGUGGUCUGUGAAAUACCCGUUCAGGUACCUCUGUCAAAAGAGGAAAAAUAUUUAUCUUGGUUCCAAGGCAGGAUUUCAACGCUUAGAAUUUAUUGAAGGCAUAAUCAAGAUUGUCUUUGCUCUUAUUGGUAUGAUGGGAGAGCAGUUUGUUCCUGAUGGGCCUCAUUUGAAGCUAUAUAACAAUGAAAAAAAGCAGUGGAAUUACUUAAUGAAUUGGCAGCAUGCAACCAUGUACCUCUUCUAUGGCAUCUCAGGGCUAGUGGACAUUGUGACUCACAGUACGAAUGUAUUACCAGAGGCCUUAGACCGAAUGAUGCUCUCACUUGCUGUUUUUAUGGAAGGUUUUCUAUUUUAUUAUCACAUCCAUGGGCGUUCCAUGCUAGAUUUUCAUGUUCAUCAGUUACUUUUAAUAACUGUCUUUGGAGGUGCUCUCUGCAUAUUCUUGGAAGUCUUUUUCCACAAUAGCAUUGUUCUUGAGAUGUUCCGAACAAGUCUUUGUAUAUUGCAUGGCAGUUGGCUCUGGCAGAUUGGAUUUGUCCUUUAUCCUCCAAGUGGAAGUACAGAAUGGAACCAAGAAGAUCACAAUAAUAUCAUGUUUCUGACUAUGUGCUAUUGCUGGCAUUAUGCAAUUACACUGCUUAUCAUGGCAGUCAAUUAUACUCUAGUCAGCUGGGUGGUUCAUACCAAAAUAAUGCAAGUCCCAUCCAUGGAAAUUGGAUUACUGAAACCAACUGAGCGAGAACAGGAGUCAGAAGAUGAAAUUUAA